AUGCCCGAAGACCCGGAAGACGUGAAGGCGAGCCCGUCUACACCAACGCCAUUUGACGCUAGACUCAUCCCGGAGUUCGACGGUACAAUGGACGUCGUAGAAUGGGUGACAAGGGCCGAGAUGUUGUGUGAGCUUUGGGGCGCCGCCUCCCAGUCCGUCUUACCGCUGCGCCUGACUGGUGGCGCGUUCGCCGUGUGGUCACAACUCCCUCAAGCCAGCCGCUGUUCUCCAGAAGCCGUGCGUGACGCCUUGUACGCGGCGUUCGCUUUGGACCAGUACGCGGCGUACGAGGCAUUCGCUACACGCCGCCUCCGGCCGGGUGAGUCCGCCGACGUCUACCUGGCAGAGCUGCGGAGGUUAUCAACUUUGUUUGGGGGAGUCCCGGAGCGUGUCCUCGCCUGUGCCUUCGUGACUGGACUGCCAGAUGACACUCGCAGAACAGUUCGCGCUGGAUGUAGGGCCGAAGACCUCGACCUGGUUAGUGUGCUGGCCCGGGCUCGUGCUGUACUCUCUGAUGAGUGUAGCUGCUGGUGUGGCUGCUGGAGCUGUAGUGGCACAGGCUCGUGGUCAACCAACAACGGCCAGAGAGCAGCUUCACGAGCAACAAGCAGCAUCGAGACCAUCGUGCACGCUUCGUGUUGCAUGCGGUGGCAACCGCGGAUCACCAGCGUAACAACCAUCAGUGGAGACACGUUCCGGUGUACUGGAGUCGGCGAGGUGUCUGUGGAGACUCCUGCUGGCCUGUGUGCCAGACUCGAAGGACUGGUAGUGAGCCAGCCUCCCCUGGGCGCGGAUGUUGUACUUGGCAUCGCAGGCAUCGAGGCACUUGGUGGAGUCACGCGAUGGUUGUGUGGCACCGCUGCCCCUGCGCCAUUGGUGGUGGACGCCCCUGACUUCAGCGUGCAGUUCAACACAGUGAGUCGGACGUGGAUCGUCACGUGGAAGUGGACGAAUGGUGCUGCCCCUGACUGUCUCGGCAACACAGUGGAGCAGUACAACGUGCCCCUUUCCAUGCGACAGGCGUUCUGCCAGGAGCUGGAGUCGUGGAUUACAAGUGGUUGGCUUGUACCUCACGAUGAGCAGCAGCACGGGGUACCUCGGGGGCUUCUACCGCUCAUGGCAGUGCGGCAGAACAAAGGCGGUAAGGUGCGGCCCGUACUCGAUUACCGUGAGCUAAAUGACUGCGUGACUGCCUUCACUGCCGACAGCGACGUAUGCUCUGACCAACUAAGGAAGUGGCGCCGGCAUGGAGAGAACGUGUCCGUCCUCGACCUACGCAAGGCGUAUCUACAGGUGCGUGUAGAUCAGCAGUUGUGGCCUUUCCAGACCGUGAUGGUGAGAGGUCGGCGGUACUGCUUAACGCGCCUUGGUUUUGGCCUCAACAUCGCUCCACAAGUUAUGAAAGCAGUUGUCAAGACCAUCCUGGCUCAAGACUCUAAGAUCGAACAAGCAGUUUUGCCGUACGUAGACGACCUGCUCGUGAAUGAAGACCUGGUCAGUGCAGAGCAGGUUGCUGCACACUUCGCGAGUUACGGGCUGGAGUGUAAACAGCCAGUCCGUGUGGCGGACGGGGCACGCUUGCUGGGUCUACGCGUACGUCCGGUGAACGGGGAACUGCAAUGGACGCGAGACAACGCAGUUGCCGUGCCACCGAAACAAGUGACCCGCCGUGCAGUGUUUGCGUGGUGCGGGCGACUGAUCGCUCAUUUGCCGGUGGGCGGCUGGCUGCGACCGGCAGUGGCAUGGAUAAAACGGCAGGUGAACGCUAGUACCCGGGGCUGGGACGACGUGACGGGGGAUGACGCGCUGUGCGAGCAGAUGGAGUACGUGUCAAGCAGGCUGUCCAAAGAAGAUCCGUGCUGUGGGCAAUGGUGCGUGCAUGGAGACCAGGCAGUGGUGUGGACCGACGCCAGCUCUAUCACUGCCGGUGUUGUUGUGGAAACACCGCAAGGAGCUGCCAUCGAGGACGCAUGCUGGAUUAGAAGAGAUGAGAGCUCCCACAUUAACAUGGCUGAGCUGGACGCAGCAGUUCGUGGCGUCAAUCUGGCCAUCGCGUGGGGCAUGCAAACCAUCGAUCUGCGAACAGACUCUGCGACUGUCUACCGCUGGAUUGACGAUGCGCUGAGUGGCCGGGCACGUCUUCGCACCAAGGCUCAUGGGGAGAUGCUGAUUCGCCGUCGGGUAGAUGUCAUCCGGCAGCUGGUGACGGAACUUGAGCUGGUCAUGUCUGUGACGCUCGUACGCUCCUUAGAGAACCGCGCCGACGCCCUCACGCAAGUCCCAGGGGAGUGGGUGCGAGGUGACAAAGACGGAUCGGCAGUGAGUGUAGCAGCGGUAGCAGCAGCAUCAGCAGCUAGCAGUCGGGAUAGCAGCGUGGCGAGUGUCGCUGACGUUCACAUACGUGCUGGCCAUCCCGGCGCGCGACGCACACUCUUCUUUGCACGACGUGACAUCUCACGAGCAGUGACGCGUGCUGAAGCACGUGCUACUGUGCGGCAGUGUGAGAUGUUACCCACUACCUCGGUAACGCCUACCUGUCCCUUGUCGACUGCGGGCCGUCUCGGUUCGCUGUGUGGCGGCACACGUCGUCCAGAUGCGGACACCGUCGUCAGUCACCUGGAACAAGUCUUCUGCGAGCGAGGAGCGCCGGUGGAACUGCUCUGUGACAACGACACUGUCUUCCGAGGCCGGCGAUUCGCAGCUUUCGCGGCGCGCUGGGGCGUGUCGCUGCGCUUCAGAGGGGCAUACGCACCGUCUGGUAACGGUAUCGUGGAAAGGAACCAUCGCACGGUGAAGGUGAUAGCAGCGAGGAAGGGCUGCUCCGUUGCUGAGGCAGUCCACCUGUACAACGUGACGCCCUGGGACGGGGAAACUGUGGCAUCAGCUCCCGUGAGUGGUAUUUACCGGUACCAAGUACGAGACUGCGUGCGGCAAGAUCAGGUACAGCGUGCCGUUCACACCUCCCCUGAUGUUGCAAGGAAGAACUACACGGUUGACGAUGCAGUGUGGGUUCGGAGGCGGGGCGAGCGCUGCACCUCAGCAUCGCAGCCCGGCGUUGUCACCAGGGUGACCUCGCCGCAGGUGGUAGAGGUUGAUGGAGUCCCACGACACGUCAGGGACUUGAGACACCGCAGCAGCCUCUCAGUGAACGAAGCUGGCACUCCAGAUGAACUGGGAGUAGAAGAUGAACCCCCGCUUUAUGUUGACGCGCAAAGCCAGCUGCUGCAGCCGCAGGUGGCUGAACCCCACCUGAGGCACCACGAAGCCGUGCUUCGAAGGAGUACCCGUGAGCGGCACCCUCCGCAGCGAUAUUGUUGUGAUCCUGGAGAUCAGGGGGGUGUGUAA